CGCAUGCCCAUUGCAGUAGUAGAGUUGUUAGUCAUUGCUCCCUUCUAGGAUCUGCAAAGUGGGGAUUUCCGAGGUACCUGCUGAGUGAUACCUAAGCUUUGGAUAAAGUAGAGAAACACAAUGCGUUGGUUUGAAGGUACUAUACCUGCCGCUAUCGCUUUGGCCAAGCAACAGAACUCUGUUUUUGUGGUUUUCAUAGCAGGUGAUGAUGACCAAUCUACACAAAUGACAAAAACCUGGGAAGAUGAUAGCAUUGGUGAAGUGAUGGCAGAUAACUUUGUUGCAAUAAAAGUUGAUGCCAGAAGUGAAACGUGUAUCCAGUUUUCACAAAUCUAUCCAGUAGUCUGCAUUCCAUCAAGUUUCUUCAUAGGAGACAAUGGGAUUCCUUUGGAAGUCAUUGCUGGAAGUAUCUCUGCGGAAGAGCUGGUAAAAAGAAUUGAGAAAGUGAAACAGAUGUGUACACAGCGAGUGACAUCGGCUGGAAAUUUUUCAGAUAGCUGUAUCCAGCCAUCUGUACUAUCUCCUCAGAAUGAUGUCGGUAGCCAAAUACAGAGCUCAUUUCCAGAACCCAGUCAGCAAAAUGAAAGCAUUGUUUCUGCUGAAAUGACACCAGUAGCUACCAAAGAAGCUCUGUGUCAGCCUCUAGCAGAUACAGCCAGUUCAAACCAAUCGGAGCCAAAUGAAGAAAAUGGUGCUUCUUCAGAUGAAGCUUCAGCAGAUGUUCAUUCAACAGAAGAAGACCUCAAUGUUAAAGUGGAAAGAAUCACUAAAAAGCUUGAAGAAAGGAGAGAAUCAAGGAAGAAAGAAGAAGAAAAGAAUGAACUUAAAAAGGAAGUUGAAAGACGACAGCAAGGAAAGGGAAUGUUGGAAUUUAAGAAAAAGCAAGAAGAAGAAAAAACAAAAAGAAUGUUGGAAGAAAGGAAUCGAGAAAAAGCUGAAGAAAAAGCAGCAAGAGAAAGGGUCAAGCAACAGAUAGCAUUGGAUCGUGCUGAUAGGGCAGCUCGAUUUGCACAGUCAAAAGCAGAAACUGAAGCUGCCAGGGUUGCCGCUAUGCAGGCUAAGCAAGCUGAAUUAGAUCAGAAGAAGGAGGCUGCUCAGAAAGAAAAAAGCUUGGUAGCUAGAAUCCAGUUCCGUCUUCCAGAUGGAUCUUCAUUCACAAAUCAGUUUCCAUCAGAAGCACAUUUAGAGGAAGCCAGACGAUUUGCUUCUCAGCAAGUUGGAAGUAGAUAUGGUAAUUUUUCACUGGCCAUUAUGUUUCCAAGACGGGAGUUCACUAAAGAAGACUACGGGAAGACACUACUGGAACUAGAACUAGCACCGAGUGCCUCAAUAGUUUUGCUACCGGCUGGAAGACCCACUACAGCAGUACAGAGAUCGGGUAACAGUCUCUGGGCAUUUGUGGGUACAAUAUUUUCUCCGGUCUUUGCCAUGUGGAGGUUUAUUUGCAAUUUCUUAUUUGCAAACCCCCAACCUUCUCAAGCUGCAGCAGAAGCAUUUCCACAACAAGAACACCCUCAGCCGGUCUCUCGCACAACAGAACCAAACAGGGAAGCAGUUAGAAGAAGAAUAAUUGAAAAGCGUGGUGAGGACUUUAAAAAAGAAGGAAAAGUUUAUAGACUAAGAACUCCUGAUGAUAGCGAAGAUGACAAUAACACUUGGAAUGGAAAUUCAACACAGCAGAUGUAGUUUAUGGAACCUUACAGAAGCAACAUUAUGUUUUUCUUAUUUGAUUGAAAUGAGUAUGAGAAAUUGUUGAACAAACUGGGGCAUAUUUAUGGCAAAUGUAUUUCCUGCAGACUUCAUUUAGUAGUAUCCAUUGGUUACUUGUCUGCUGCAUGGAUCCAAAGCAGUGCUCUAAUCCAGGAAGCAAAAGGCAGCUAUUUUAAGAAGACUAUGGCCUUGUGGAUUCUCAAGCUGAUUAUCUGAUCCUGCAGUAGAUGGCAGAGCUUUCCAAAGCAUACAAAAAUCAGGUGUUGUCCUUUUCAUUCUUCCUCACAAAUGGGUUAUGGAUCCGAUCCUCGGAUCUGACUUUGCCACAUUUACAAGACUUGGAUCUGAUGUUUGAGCUCUUCCUUCUACCCAAAAUUCUCUAUGCCAUCCCUAACUUCCCAGAUCUCUUGCCACUUUCAUGUCAAGAAGCAAGAUCCGGUCUCAAAUUUGUGAGAGUAAUUUUUUGCUUUGAAUCUCGUUGUUUGGGUUAUUUUCUGAUAUUUCUCAAGUAUAGUUACUACCUUUCAUCUAUCCUCUUCCCUACUUUGAUAAUUUGAAAAGUUCACAGGCAUUAAGCUAUGCUUUUCUUUUUUUAUUCUUUCUUAAUGCCUUUGGCACAUCUUGUAGCUUGUCUGUUAGUUAAAAAAAAUAUGUUUAGUGUGUUUAAACUGGUUUUAGAGGUUAUAGUGUUUGUUGCUGUAGUUUAGGGUGUGUAGCUGUUAGGCUCAUCUUUCCUACAUUCUGUUUUGCUUUUGGUACAGUUUUAGUCAUGUCAGAUAAACCUAGUUUUAAGAGAUGCACUUCUUGUAGGCACAAAAUCCCUUAUUCUGAUGCCCACAAGAAGCUUGUCUAUUGCCUGGGGCCUUAGCAUUUGUGUUCAGCAUAUGAUAUAUGUGCUUCCUUUAAUCCCAGGGCCAUCUCUGAUUGCUGCAAUAAGUUAACAAUAAAGGGCUUACUGCCAGCUUCUUUAUCUUCUCCUGGGGCUCAAACCCCCUCCAAGCCACAUCAGGGCUCCACUGAAUCAAAAAAGCGAUCACUACAGAAAUCGCCAAGGGCUUCAUUGGAGACUCCUCAGAAAAUUGCACAGACUCUGGAUCCAAAGAUGGUGCUACCUCUUUGAGAUCCAUAGUCCUUUUCAGAUCCAACAGAAGUAAUAACUAUUACUAGCUCCCCCAUGCCAUCUACCUCCUGCUUGGAUACCAGACCUUCAGAUCCAACGACUAGGAGACUAUCUGCUGUGUUUAUUUUGAAGCCAGUUUCUCCAGCUUUGUCCUAAAGGUUGUUAGAAACUCCUAAGAAGCAUUCCAGGCCUGCAUCUGUGGCAUCAUCCAAAUCCUCUAGGAGCUUGACUGAGGCAGAUGUGCACAGGAUGAUGCAGAAAUUUCUCAGGGCUUAGAUCCAGAUGGGAGUCCUGCCAACUCCAUCCCCUCUCAAAUCCAUGAGUGCCCCUAAUCAACCGAUACUGUCUCCUUUUCCAAUCAGGCCUGUGGUCUCAGAAUUCCAGGAUCCAAGAGCCUUAAGAGGGUCAGUGUCAGAUCCAAGGAAGCUCCCUUCCUCACCUCCGAUGGUUUUCCAGAUCAGCUCUGUUCUGAUGCCGUUGCAUCAGGACAGGUCUCUGAUCCGAGAGGUCAAUGCCGGGUCUGAGGAGUUGGGUUUGGUUCCUUCUUUGUUGGAUCAAUCCCUUCCCCUUGGUGCCUUGCCUCUUGACAGCUUGGAUCUGAUUUUCUCUGAGGGACUCUGAUCAGGGUUUGGCCCUCACCUCUCUUCCUCUGCUGCCUCUGCUCCGAGGGGGGGGGGGGUCCCUGAAUAUGUCAGCCUUCCAAGUAAUAGAAAGGACCUUCUUUCUGCUUAGAGAGCCAUCCUCUCAUAUCUCGGGUCCUUCCCCUCACCCAAAAUCGGGUCCUAGCUCUGAACCCGUCAUUUCUGCUUCUCUGGGUCAGCCAGCUGUGGUAAGCCUCCACACUCAUUCCCCAGUGGGAUACCCCCUACUUCUUCUGACACCUCUUCUAAACACCCCACAAAAGUGUUUCCGAGGAAGAAAAUGUGUAGGAGGAGGCACAUAGACUCCCCUGUAGAGUCUCUCACUGAAGACACCAACUUUCAUGAGGGAGACUGAUCCCUGAAUCGCUACCUGAUGAUGUCUCUUUUAGAGAUAUUCUGGAAAUCCUUAAACAAAAAUGAGGCUGGUCUUCCCAACCUCCUCUCCUUGAGUUUAUGUUCCUGGAAGCUUUUGGAGCUGGCCCGUCUACAUCUUGGGUGACCCCCCCCCCCUCACGGCUGACAAACUUAUUGAUAUAGUUUCCUUAUGGGGUUGGAAGGAACCAGACACUGUUGAGCCCAUUCCCAUAUGCCCUGAUAAAUUUCUAGCCCCUAUGUCUGAUAACGCGUUGGAGUAAGGUGUCCCUGUUGAUGCCAUAGUUGUGGUGGCAGCCACUAAGGAGGAGCUAGCCAAACAAAGCUCCUCUGCCCAUCCACCAUGUGUGGAAAGCACAUCUACACCUCAGCCACAUUCGCACUGAGGUUGUUGAAUUACCUGCCAUAUUUUACUCGCUUACAGAGGGAUUUGAUCAUGGAGCUCUUCACUUCUCUCACCAAGUCCAUGCCUUCAUAGGAUCUCAGGAAGGUUUCUCCCCAGUUAGCUAUUCUUUCGUCUGUUGCCAAUUCAUCAGUGAGGCUGAUUUCCCACACAGUGGAAGGUGCCUCACAAGGAACUGCUUUAGGCAUUGCCAUUAGGAGACAUGCCUAGAUAGGGCUAUGCGACUUUGUGGAGCCUUCAAGACAUCUUUUGUUAAUGCCCCCUUUGAUGGCACCUCCUUGCUCGGCCUCCUCAGAGACCAAGUUGCAUAUGAUUGUCCUAGAGUUGAGAGUAGUCCUGCUAAUGUUGCAAGCGUUUCAGGACAUUCUCCCGUAGGGACUGUUGCAAUAUUGCAAUACACACAAACAUGUCAUAGUCUGGUAUAUCAACAAACUAGGAGGACCCCAUUCCAGCCCAUUGUUCAGAGAGGUCAUGAGAGUCUGGGAAUGGAUGAUUUCUUCAGACUGUUUUCUAACUGCAGUGAAAAUACCUGGGAAAACCAACAUGCAGGCAGAUAGACUCAGCAGGUCCAUUCUGUUUCCUCAUGAGUGCUCCCUCAAUCAAACAGUAGCGAACAUGAUUUUCAGCUGUUGGGGCAGUCUUGCUCUGAUUCACAGUCAGCCCCUAGGUCUCUUCUAUGCCUACUCCCCUCUUCUAUUGAUUCCGAAGUUUCUACAGAAAGCAAGCAGGCUGAAGACCUCAGUCAUCCUCAUUGCUCCCUCCUGGCCUUGACAGGUAUGGUUCCCCUUCCUGUGGUCUCACUUGAAAUAUUCUCCUUGGUUACUGGAGCCCACUCUAUAUCUCUUAUCUCACCCAUCAGGAAUUCAACAUCCCAGUCUUCACUCCCUCAAAGUAAUCGCAUGAUUUCUCCACUUCCAGUAACUGUAAGAUGGUCCAUGCUCACUUCCCCAGUUUGUGACAUUGUCUUGGCUUCCACCAAAAAACUCUAAAGAAGCAAAUGUAAAUGGUUCUCUAUAUGGGCUUCCAAAGAGAAUAGUGAUCCUUUCUCAGCUCCUACUUUGGCCAUCCUUGUUUUCCUCGCUACUCUUUUUAAGGAAGGGGACAGUUUUUGUCCUACUAAACUUCACUUAGCAGGCAUAUCCAACUUCCACACUGGAAACAGAUCCUCUUCUUUGACAGCUUCCAGAUUAUGUAAAGCUUUCAUGAAAGGAAUUUUUCUCCUUAGACCUCCAGUAAAGAAUCUCACUGUGGCCCUCCAAGGGUUGACCCAGAAACCCUUUGAACCAACAGAUGUGAUAUGAAGUUUCUUUCUUGGAAAGCAAUAUUCUUGGUAGCUAUCACUUCAGAAAGAAUAUGUUCUGAGCUCCAGGCCUUAUUGGCUAGGCCUCCUUACAUUAUUUUCCAUAAAAAUAAGGUGUGUCUAUGAACCAGCACUUCUUUUCUGCCUACAGUGGCUAUGGAUGCUCACAUUAAUUGGUCCAUUCGAUUGUUAGUUUUCUUUCCAAACUUUACUAAUAAGAGUGAAUAUAUUCUACAUCUUCUUGAUGUUGAUAGAACCAAACAGUAUAGGAAGUCUCAUCAGUUGUUUGUCUCCUUUUCCCCUAGCUGCUUAGGUCAAGCAGUUUCCAAAAUUACUAUGGCUAAAUGGAUUACUGAUUGUAUUUUGCUGGUUUAUUCUGAAGAACUUUUGGAAUUGCCUCAUCCUCCUUGAGCUCAUUCCACUAGACCUAUGGCUGCUUCCUCUGCCUUCUCAUCAAGAACUUCCAUUGAUGAUACUUGUGCUGCAGCCACUUGGUCAGAGACUCAUACUUUUGUUAUUCGUUACAAACUGGACAUUGUCUCCAGAAGCAGAGGUUCCUUUGAAUCCCGUAUGUCCCUCCUUGAGGGCCUCCCAAGAGUUUUGUAGCUGGGGACUCUGACCCAUUUUUGAAGAAGAAUGAAAAGUACAACUUUAGAUUUAAAAAUUAUGUACUUACAUAACUUAGCAUCUGUGUUGCCCAUUUUCAUUCUUCCUCACCUUCCCGCACAGCCAUCCCCUGGCCAUGUCAGUCCUAGAAGGAUCAUUUAGUGUUAAUGAAACCUUUGUGUUCCUGGUUUGUUCUUGGUCCUCUGUCUUUUUCUUCUGUCCUGUUUCUGUAACACAGUGGCCAGUAAGGCAAUAAACUCAAUCUAAAGAGUUAGGGAUGGAAUAGAGUAUUAUGGGCAGAGGGAGGAGCUAGAGUUUCAGAUCCAAGUCUUGUAAAUGCAGCCAAGUCAGAUCCAAGGAAUUGUAUCUGUAACACGUUUGUGAGAAAGAAUGAAAAUGGGCAACGACGAUGCCAAGUUAUGGUAAGUACAUAACUUCUAAUUUCUAACAGCUGACAGGACUAAUUAAUAUCUUGAUCAAUAAUCUUCUUAUUCUGGGAAAAGAUUUCUAGUCUUUGAAUAACUUGCUGCAUUUUUUAUCCCUUACUUGCUUUUAUUUGGUGUACAUUAGUAAAUGGACCUUAAAUACAUCAUGCUGAUAAACAAAGUACAGUGGGAGUUACUUUGUACACAGUCAGCAGUCUUCAUAUUUAUCAGCCUUGAUAUUCUAAAAUGCUCAUCUGAUUAUAUAUAAAUCCUUUAUACUUCUCACAAUAAAGAUUUUUUCAACAA